AUGCUCAAGCCUGCAACUGAUGCACAAGGUAGAUCGUUAGGGUCUGAUGGUAAGCCUGCAACUGAUGAUCAAGGAAGACCUUUGGGCACCGAUGGUAAACUUGCAACUGAUGCGCAAGGUAAACCGUUAGAUGGUGAUGGGAAACCAACUGAUGCUCAAGGUAGUGCAAUAAGCGGUGAUGGUAAGCCUACAACAGAUAGCCAAGGUAGACCUGCAGGGGCCGAUGGUAAACCCACAACUGAUGCUCAAGGUAAACCAUUAGGAUCUGAUGGCAAACCUACUACUGAUGCCUCAGGACAACCCAUAAAAUCAGACGGCAAACCAUCAGAUGCUCAACGUAAAAGCAUAGAUGCUGAUGGUAAACCCGCAACUGAUGCUCAAGGUAGACCCAUAGGAUCUGAUGGCAAACCAUCAGAUGCUCAACGUAAAAGCAUCUUAGGUGCGGAUGGUAAACCCGCAACUGAUUCCCAAGGAAGACCUGUAGGUACCGAUGGUAAACCAACAACUGAUGAUCAAGGUAGACCACUGGGAACUGAUGGAACCGGCCCAGAAGCCGACACAAAACCAGAAAAAGCUUCAAAACCCCAAAUGGGCCACCAAGACCUACUCCAGGAGGCAUCAAAGCAAAACCUGAUACAGACGCAGCAGGCACAUCACAAGGAGGGCCUGCCGGAAGAGACAAACGCGAAGGAGAACCCACAGACGAAGAAGCAGCUAACGCUGAAGGCGCUGAAGGUGCUGACGGUGACGGAGAAGAAAAUGGCACAGGCGCAGCCAUUUUGGAUAGCAUCAAAGACAUACUCAACAGUCGAUAUGCAAAAAAAGGCAUCAAAUCCCUACUACUUUUUCUCCUAG